CUUAACAAACAAGUGGCAGGACCAGAAUUCAAACCGAAGCCUGUCAUCAAAGAAAGAAAAGGAGAAAGCUUGGCAAAUACUUGUAGAGCAAAUCAGCUCUGAAAGCAAGAACCAUCUGGAAACCUUCAAGGAGAUGCAGCAAAGGUCCCCUUUACUCCAACAUGCCAAGUACAAAGUCCUGGCUGGAGCCCCUCCCCAGCAAAAGAAACUGCUCACGGUGGGGAUUUCCUCAGUGCAGCAUCCUCGUGGGAGCUACCUCUUGGACACCCUGCAGUCCGUGUUUGAAGCGUCCUCGGAACCUGAGCAGAAGUCUAUCGUGGUGCUGGUCCACCUGUCAGAUCCUGACCCUGAGUGGCUCCGCCAAACAGCUGCCAACAUUUCCAGGCUCUUUGCACCACGCAUUGAUGCCAGGAAGCUGCUGGUGAUCCACGGCCUUCUCGGUGGCUCUCCUCUCCCAGGAAAUCUCAGUGACGCUAAUCACGCCUCACCCUGUGAAGCACUUUAUUCCAGGCAGAAAGUAGACUAUGCCCUCCUCAUGAACUUCGCUAGCAGCCUCUCUGAUUACUUUCUGUUGAUGGAAGAUCAUGUACGCUGCAGCCCCAAAUUUGUUUCCUCCAUCUACUGGGCAUUAUCAGCCUGGGAGGAACUACCUUGGGUGAUCCUGGAGUUCUCCAGCCUGCACAUCUCAGGGAAAGUUUUCCACACUAGUGAUCUCUCCCGCCUGACCUCUUUCUUCCUCCUCUUCCUUAAGGACAUUCCUGCUCACUUGCUUCUAUCAAAUUUUAGUUUCCUCUUGGGCCAGACAGUUCCCAUUAGCCUUGCUCCAAAUCUCUUUCACUCUUGGGGCUAUAAUUUUACUUCCAAGGACACAUGUUACCAAAAGGAAGGCGAAGAGGAAGAGAAUCUUGGUAAACCCAACAACCCUCCUGCCUCUUUCUUUACAAACAUGAUGUCGACAGGCUCUACUAUCCCAGAAUAUGCUUAUUUCAUGAAUGAGAGUUACUUCCAGACUAAGUAUCUCAUACCAGGCCACAAAUACACUGUGGUUUUUGAUCAGCCUCACAACGUAUCCCACAUAAAGUUUCUGACAGGCGUGGGUAAGCAGAGGAUAUAUUACCUGCAACACGGGCAGGUGGAACUCGGCUAUGAGCCUAUGUUGGAGAAUAAUGUCUGUGCCCGCUAUAGCCUGCUGGGACCUCUGGUAAAGGGGAAAUUCUAUCAGAAGGUAUAUUAUGAAGAAGGCUUUGUGGAGGCAGUGAAAUGUGUAAGACUGCUGGUGACAGCCCCUCAUGAUUACACAGUAUGGAUUAGAAAUAUCAGCAUCUGGAUUAAGUCUGGGAAAGGGUAGAGAUAAAAGGGCCAAUGUGAA